AUGAAUUCUCGCCUGCGCUACUACUGGUUGUUCCUUCAACUACUCUCUUUACUGUUGGUACUCGCUAUAAACAAAAUCAGUAAGUGAGAGGUUUCAUUUCCAUCCUCUUUUAAGUAGAUUGUUAAUCUAUUUCAUCCAUUGAUUUAGAAUAUCAUAAAACAUUAAACUUUUACGACUUGGUGAAUCACUUGAGGAGUUAGUCAUAAAUUAAUGAAAAUACUUACCGUACCUACGUUAUAGUUUUAGUUACACUAGUCCACUACAACUCGUCGCGUUACCAAUUAUUAACUGAUAAGCAAAGAUAAUUGCUGAGUCCCCAAAAGGCAGCUAAUGAUCAUCCGGCAGCAGAUCUUUCACAGUGUGGUAAGCCUUUGACAACUGUUUUCAUUUUCGGUGCCUGAAGCUUAUAGCCAGGCACAAUUUGUUCACUAAUAUCUUUACUUGUGUUCCAUAGGCGGUGAUGCAACGCCAAUUGAUUGUCUUUAUGUUUCGCAUCAAAUUGGCCAAGACACACCUCAAUGCGGUUCUCGGACAGAGCCAUGCCAAACUUUGCCACAAGCACUGCUGUUGGUGAGGGAUGGAGGAAAGAUCUGCCUGGAUGGAAGGAACAGUGAAAGACAUCCUUACAGUUGUUUUUUCACAAAGAAUGUUUGGAAAAAGCUUGGCAAAAGUGUCGCAAUAUACGGUUUGUUCACAAAGGCACACAUUACAUGUGAUCCACGCUAUGGCAAUCUUAAAUUUACAUAUCCUGAGAAUCGCCUCUUUAAAUUAACUCUCUCCAACCUUGUAUUCCACAGCUAUGGAGUCGAUCUAGUCAAUGUGACCCGUUUCAGUGUAUCGAUAUCAAGCUGCAAGUUUAUUAAAAGCUCUAUCGCAUUUGGUGUAUUACAAAAAAAAUCGAGAAUCUUUACAAAAUCUUCCAUCGUCGUUACCGACAGCGAAUUCUUGCACAAUAAUAGGUCCGUCUACGCCAUCUUGUUUAAUGGGUGGUUCACCUUAAGGAUCUCGAGGUGUGUCUUUCAGGGCACGAAAGGACGUUUUAAUGGAGUUUCUGGUGAGAAAAACCCAUUGGCAGCCGUCAGCAUUAGAUACGCGGGAUAUCCGGCAAACAUGGUAAAAACAGUCGGCGUAAUUACUGACUGUCUUUUUCAAGACCUUGGUCAUGAGGACAAUAGCUUUGCAUUAUUAUUUCGGUCUUAUGGCAUCUAUGACAGUGGAAACUUGUCAAUAUUGAACAGCACCUUUCUUCGCAAUGAGAAUUCCAUGUUUGUGGUAGGCGGAUUUCACGUACAGCUACGCCAUGUGACACUUAAUUCUACGUAUGGUUAUGCUUUAUUUGGAGCUGGGCCUAUUAAAAUAAACAACACGGUUCCUGAUUUAAAGCUAUUGCUGGACCACUGCACUCUAUCAAAUAACAGAAUUGGAAUAAGAAUGACAACUUCGUUUUGCCCUCCUGAUAAAAGGUUAUGCCCACCUAGCAGCAAAAUAUUAUAUGUUAAAGACAGUCUUUUCAUCGGAGGAAGCGAGACUCGAAAAUUCGGUGAUGCAAUUAGGCUAUUAGUGGUUGCAAUUUUCUCUGUACGCAGACGAAAUGAUCUCAAAUGCAAAGUUACUCUCGAAAACGUCACCUUUCAAGAAUUCCAUGAUAGCGUUCUCUAUGUAGAAAUGCAAACGAAUGUAACGGGCCUCAUUAACGUUACAAACUGCAAGUUUCUAAACAAUUCUGACUUUGUUUAUCACCUGGAUGAGAAACCCACAGUAAAUAUCAGAUUUAAAGAGGAGGACCCUCCAGAAUGGCCCAAUAGACCUCACAACAGUAAAUGUUUGUGGCAUAACAAAACUCAGUUUCCGGUGAUAUUUGAAAACAGCAUAUUCGAAAAUAACGUUGCUAUCACAGGAGCAUUGAGUUUGUUCAAUGUAAACGGCACCUUCAAAAACUGCACUUUCAAAGACAACGUAGGAUCAACUCUGGGAGGACAUAUUUAUAUGAAAAUAGGUUACGGUAGUCUUAAUAUCAUCAACAGCAACUUUCUUCAGUCACGUUUAAAACCACAUUCAAAUGUAGAGCCAUGGCGAAUUUCAAAUUAUGGAUGCUUUUUGUAUUCUGAGAGCGUUGGACAGGUCAUUAUCAGAAACUCGUCAUUUACAGCAAACAUCAGCAAGAAGUUCUACCCAAUCUUAGCUGUUACAAGGAGCAGUUUACUGCGAGUAGAUUUAAGUUCUACCAUCGGUGCCCGUCUGGCAGGUGGCUCAAAAUGGUUAGCAACAAAGAAAACGGGUUUUCGAGAGGAAGCGAGGAAUGUUGGAUGA